CAAACAUUCCUUUCUUUCCUCCUUUUGUCAGCCACACCAAACGCCGUCGAUUUCGCUUCUGUAACCCUAACCCCAUCGAACGACUUCUUCUCACCCCCCCCCCCCCCCCCCCCUCGAGUAAAACCCUCUUCCUCCUCUGGGCGGCGGUCGAGAAGUCGGCGGCAAGUCCUCCUCCGUGCGCGACCGAACAAGAAGCUCCACCACACGAGCUUCUCCUCCAGCCGGCGACCGAGAAGACAUCGACCUGACGCGCGACCUUGAGUUCUCCUCAUUGCGUUUCUUCUUCAAUCUUGCUUGCAACUGGGAAAGAUAGUUGCUGAGUUUGCUAAUUGCUUGGUCGAGGCUACAACGGAGUUGCAGUACAAGUAUAUAAAAAUCUCCUCCAGGACCUAUAUAUGUUGUCUAUCUCUGAAUAUAUCAUCUAGAACCAUAAAGUUAUGUCAAACCAUAUCACUGUCAAACCGGUGAUUGUGGACUUGUGUGGUCUCUGGCGGCUGGAGCCUGGAAGAGAAAGCCAGAACGCGCCGCCGCCCUUCUUUGCACUGUGCAUCUCUUUUUCUUUCCCCUGUCUGCUUGCUCCGGAUUUCCCAUUGUUUCCCUACCGUCUUCCUCCCCGCUCCAUUUUUCGCUGCUGUUGAGAAGCCGCCAAUGGAGAUCAAAGAAUUUUCUUUUCCUGCGGAUUCUGUCCCCUUGGCAGUGAUUGCGGCCGCUAGGGUUUCCGGUUUCAGUCUCCCGUUGGAGUCUCGUAAACCGUCUUCUACUCCAACUUUCGUCUUCUCUAAUGGGCUGGAAUUACAUGGGACUAGUGUACUCCUUCGGUAUAUCGGCCGAGCAGCCAGCAGCAUGCCGAAUUUCUACGGCCAGAAUCCUUAUGAAUCCAGCCAGCUGUUUGCUUCCCACCAGGUUGAUGAGUGGCUGGAAUACGUGCCUGUACUUUCUUCAGGAUCUGAGUUCGAGAGUGCAUGCAAGUUUGUGGACUCCUAUAUCUCUAAGAGAACCGUGUUGGUAGGACAUUUUUUUACUAUCGCUGACAUAGUAGUCUGGUCAGGCCUUGCAGCUACUGGGCCAAGGUGGGAAAGUUUAAGGAAGUCGAAGAAGUAUCAAAAUCUAGUUCGUUGGUUCAACUCAAUCUCUGCAGAGUAUGGAGUUCUGGAUGAGGUUACAUCAACAUAUGUAGGGAAAAAAGGCUCAGGAAAGCCUGUGGCUGUAAAACCAAAGGACCAACAGGCUGCUGUUAAUGGGGGAGACAUCAUCGAGAAGGGGAAAGGAAGCAGCAGCAGGCCUUCAGCUGAAGUAGACCUUCCGGAGGCUGAAAUUGGAAAGGUGAAAUUGCGGUUUGCUCCAGAACCCAGUGGCUUUCUUCACAUUGGGCACUCUAAAGCUGCUCUCCUGAACCAGUAUUUCGCCCAGAGGUACAGAGGCAAGCUAAUUAUCAGGUUUGAUGAUACUAAUCCUUCCAAAGAAAGCAGUGAAUUUGUGGACAAUCUCUUGAAAGAUAUAGAGACUCUUGGUAUCAAAUAUGAGGAUGUCACACAUACUUCAGACCACUUUCCCAAGUUGAUGGAGAUGGCUGAGAAGUUGAUCAGAGAAGGGAAAGCUUAUGUUGAUGACACACCAAGAGAACAAAUGCAAAAGGAAAGGGGGGAAGGCAUCGAAUCGAAAUGCCGGAGCCACAGUGUGGAAGAGAAUAUGAAACUGUGGAAGGAAAUGAUUGACGCAUCCGAACGUGGGAAACAGUGCUGCCUCCGUGGGAAAUUGGACAUGCAAGAUCCGAACAAAUCUCUGCGUGAUCCAGUUUACUAUCGUUGCAAUCCUGUUCCUCACCAUAGAGUUGGGGACAUAUAUAAGUUGUAUCCAACAUAUGAUUUUGCGUGCCCAUUUGUUGACGCCGAAGAAGGUAUAACUCAUGCGCUCCGAUCAAGCGAGUACCAUGAUCGAAAUGCUCAGUACCACAGGAUUCAACAGGAUAUGGGGCUCAGGAAGGUUCACAUUUUUGAGUUUAGCCGGUUGAACAUGGUAUAUACAUUGUUGAGCAAACGUAAUCUUCGUUGGUUUGUGGAGAAUGGAAAAGUUGAUGGCUGGGAUGAUCCAAGGUUCCCAACUGUUCAAGGUAUUGUUCGCAGGGGACUCAAAAUUGAGGCAUUAGUGCAAUUUAUUCUCGAACAGGGGGCUUCCAAAAACCUUAAUCUCAUGGAGUGGGACAAACUUUGGACGAUCAACAAGAAGAUAGUUGAUCCAGUGUGUCCAAGGCACACUGCUGUUAUUGAAGAAAAGUGUGUGUUGCUGACACUGCGUGAUGGUCCUGAUGCAGCAUUUGUUCGCAUCAUACCUAGACACAAGAAAUAUGAGGGUGCUGGAGAAAAGGCCACAACAUACACAAAGAGCAUAUUGAUUGACCAAGCUGAUGCUCAGUCUAUCUCAGUAAAUGAAGAAGUUACCUUGAUGGACUGGGGGAAUGCGAUUGUGCAGGAAAUUGUGAAGAAUGAAGAUGGAACGGUCAAAGAGUUGUUUGGUGUUCUACAUUUGGAAGGCUCUGUAAAGACCACGAAGUUGAAGCUAACCUGGCUGCCUAAGAUAAAUGAAUUGGUUAAGGUGUCGAUGGUCGAGUAUGACCAUCUGAUCACUAAGAAGAAGCUGGAAGAAGAUGAGAGUUUCAUGGAUGUUCUCAACCCGUGUACAAAGAAGGAGAUUGCUGCUCUCGGUGAUUCAAACAUACGUAAUGUGAAGCAUGGUGAAAUACUGCAGCUGGAGAGGAAAGGUUACUUCAUAUGUGAUGCUCCUUUUGUCAGACCUUCCAAACCCGUAGUUCUCAUUGGAAUCCCGGAUGGCCGUGGUCGCUAAGCCAUGCACUGGUUCGAAGGGCAAUUUAUACAGCAGAAGAAGACUAGAAGAGACUGGAAAGAUGUUUCGUUAUUGAUCUUUCGCUGUCAUGGCCAUGGAUGUCAACCUCUGCUUGUUUGGGUCCGAAAGCUUUUGAGUAGGGUGCUGAGUAUUAACAAUUUCCAAGUUGGGUUGUUUGUAGUUGCUGGAGGCGUUAAUGUUAUUCAUGAAUCUGCAAGGCAUUUUAGUUUAGAACUCCUUGAUUAAGAGAUGAUAACAAUUUCCAAAUUCCAUGUAUACUUUUCAUUGACAAGGGUUUUGAUAGCUUGGUCCAAUUAACUGAGUUUUGGCGGGCAUGACAAGGAUUCUGAAUCCAUUUGCGGAUGUGAUGCUGCUCUCCCUCGUACGUGUAGAAGUUCUUGGCACCUUACCUUCUGAAUUCUCACAAGGGAGAAGGCCAAAAUUCCCAAAUCACUCACUCCCUCCGUUCACCGGCCGAUGGCCAUCGCCGUCUCCUU